AAUGGAAAAGGCUAUGAUGAGCAUUGUCAUCCUCGGAGCCAUCGCAGGUUUAACUGAAGGCUUUGGUGUGCUGCCGGAUGGUCCUCUGAAUGCAGCUGUUGACGGAACAUUUAUGUUCACUACAUCACUGAGUCCAACACAAACACCGUUUGUAUCUGUGGUCUGGAGUUUUGAAGUGAUAAAUAAUAUAAUUUCCUCACAUGCUGCCUCAAACUCAAGUCCACCAGAAUAUAAAGACAGGAUCACCCUGUUCCCGUCUACUGGAUCUCUGGAGCUCAGGAGCCUGACUACAGCUGACAGUGGAGAGUACAGUGUUAACAUUAUACCAGCUGGUGAAGCCACUUUGGUUGGGCAAACCACACUGAAUGUAUAUGAGCCAGUCUCCAAUGUAACAGUAGAUCCCAAAAGUGCAGACUUGGUUGAAUUCAAGGAUUCUGUCAAUCUGUCCUGCACCUCCUUUGGAUCCCCCACCUCUUUCCUCUGGCUGAACGACACCUCUGAGGUUACAGCCAGUGACAGAGUUCAGUUCACUGAUGGAGGAUCCGUGAUGACGAUAGUCAACGUGACUCGCUUUGAUCAGCAACAGUUCAGGUGUCGUGCGUCCAAUCCUGCUAGUCAUGCCACCAGUGAGCCUGUACCCAUCUCUGUCAGCUUUGGCCCAGAAAAUACCAACUUGAUGCUCUCAUCACCACAAGAAUACUUUGCAGAAGGGUCAAACAUCCGCCUGGUCUGCUCAGCUGUCUCCAGACCUGAUGCCCUGUUUAAGUGGUUUCUGAAUGGAAACCUGCUCACUGAUACUGGGCCAGAGCUCACACUCACCAACAUUCAAUUGAGUCAGAGUGGAAACUACAGCUGUCAGGCAUCUAACAGCAAAACUCUGAGACAUCAAACAUCUCAGCCUUCAGCCAUAACUGUACUGGAGAAAAUAUUGGAUUCUUCUGUCAAACCAUCAAUAAAUCUGACGGUCGAGGGGACGUCUGUCAACUUAACCUGUGAGGCCUGUGGCUCCAUCUUCACCAGGACAUGGAAGAAGGACGGCUCAGAUCUGAUCCUGGAUGACAACAUGAUGCUUUCUGACAAUAACAGAUUGUUGUCUUUCAACCCUGUGAACAGAAAGGACAGCGGAGAAUAUUCCUGUAAUAUCAGCAACCCCGUCAGCAGUGAUGAAGCUGAAUACAACAUGGUUGUUAACU